CUCCUUGAGACGUAAACAUCGGUUCACUUCCGGUCGCAGUUGACGUCUUGAAAAGACGAUACACACAAAAUGGCACGCAAAAAUAACUCACGAUCAGAAGCAUCUGGAUCCAUACAUUUUGAUACCAGAACAAAAGCAGUCAUGGCAGAAGCCACUCAGGAUAACAUCAAAGAAAAGGUACAGGCAGUGAGAGAAGUAGUGCCAGGCAAGAGCAAUAAUGAUAUGGUUAUGGUGCUGCAGUAUUAUGAUUACAAUGUAGAGAAAGCAAUCCAGGCAUUUCUAGAAGAUGGUGCUAAAGAGGCACUCAAGGAAUGGAACUUCACAGGGACAAAGCCCAAUAAGAAACGUAAAAACAAAAAGAAAGCAAAUGGGGAGAAAGCAGGUGACAAGCCAGGGUCAGCCCCACCUGCUGGGCCAACAAAUGCCAAGGGAGAGCCAUUGGUCAAUGGAAAAUCUGGUCUUCCCAAUGGUGACCUCUCUCACAAUAAAUCUGACACAGAUUCCCCACUAGACUCCCCCUUAGCCCAGCCCAAGCCUUCAUUACAAGAAGUGGCAGCAGCUGUCACAACCACAGCAUCACCAGCCACCUCAACACCACCACCUGCCACCUCAACACCACCACCCUCAGCAUCUGAUAAAGCAGCACCUGAACCCUUACCGCAAAGACAAAAAGGGAAAGGACAUGGAGACUCGCACACAGCACAUGCAGAAAAACCAAAUUAUCAGAUGCAACAUCAUCACAGUAAUAGAGAACGAACGGCUAGCGAGGUCAGCACCGGUUCAGGAAUGGGAGAUGGACAUCACAAGAAACCUUUCCAAGGUCUUGAGAAGGCAAUUAAAGAUCUACAUAGACAGACAACGUCUUUAGAGAGGCUGAAGCUUGUGUUAGAUCAUGAGAUAGACAGGUCAUACAAAAGUGUCAAGACUGUGUUUGAAGAGUUGCGACAGGGAUUAAACAGUAGAGAAGCACAACUCAAUGCUGAGAUGGACUUGCUAAAGAAGGAAGCUUCUGAAAUGCUAGAGAUGAGACGGAGUAAAGCAGUGGAUCUAAAGAGGCAGGUGGAUAGGGCAGACAGGCUUAAGGACAACGAAGUCUCAGAGCUGCGAGCAGAAAUCAAGCACUUUGUGAGCGAGCGCAGGCAUGAUGAAGAGUUGGGCCGUGCUACAAGAUUUCUCUUUGACUCAGAUCAUAUGCUGGCUGAAGUGAAGAAAUUUGGAGAGGUUGUCCCAGUGAAAUCCAUGUACACAGCAAGGAGGGCCUCCAUAUCAUCAGUUGCCAGCAGCAGUAUUAGCCAUGAUGAUGAAAAUUCUCACUCUCAAGAAGCUAACCAGUUGCAUGAUAGGCUUAAAAACUCACUGAAACUUUCAAACCCAUCUAGUCCUGGUCCAGCAGCAUCAGCUGUUAAUGAUACAGAGUUUUCUCAAGGUAGAAGCAAUAAUCGUAGGCGACCACCAAAUGAUCAACAGCAGUCAUAUCAAACCAAUGACAAGGAAAGCAACCAUAUCUCAUCAUCUUUAGAUGUCAAUUCGAACAAGCCAGCGUCGGCAACCACCGCCAGCAGUUACAACAGCAACUCUCCUAGAGGACCCUCAACAUACAGGAAUAGUAAUACUGGAAGUCCUGGGAGGGGUGGGCGAGGCGGCAGCAAUUAUGUGCCUAGAGGUGGUGGACCUGGUAGGGGGAGAGGCUUUGGCCGGGGUGGCACCCCAAGGGGAGAUUUAAGAGGAAGAGGCGACUACACGCGACGAACAUACGGUCAUGGCAAUUACAGAGCACAAACUGUUGGCGAAAGGCCAGCAACAAGUACUUAACAUUCAGUACAUGUAACUACAUCGAUGGAGGAUUAGAAGAAUAUAUAGAAUAUAUAUUUUUAAUACAAAAUUAUUCUAUUUUUUAAAAAUAACUAUUUUUAAAGGGAAUUUAUUAUACUGAAAAAAAGUGACAAAAUUAUCAUAUUGGGUAUUGGUAUUGUAGAAAAAAGUAAAUUUUGUAAUUUCAUUUAGUACAUCACAUUGUAGUCUUCACAACUAAGAUUAGAUGACGAAAGCUCUACGUCAACUCGUAGUCAAAACAGCUUGAUUAGUAUUGUUUAUGAAAAGCUUCUAUCACAGAGAGGGAGUGAAGUGAUAGUCGUCUAGAACUAACUGGAAGUUUCACUGCCACGGUAUUGGCAUUAUGUCACUUAACAUCUUGUCCUGACUGGGUAUUUUUGUGUGCACACAAUUUAAAAUAAACAACAUAAAACAUUUGAUUUUUCUGUGUACCUUUUUAUCUCCCUUUAAGCUGUCAAGCUUUUAGAUAUUAGCACUUUUACAUUAAUUUCAGGAACUUUUGCAAUGUUGUACUAAUAUUUCUUACAAAUUGUUUAUUUUCUCAACUUAAUUAAUUUGAAAAAAAAAAAAACUACAAAAAUCAAUUCUUGUUCUAAACAUUUUGAUAUUUUUGUCAAAAUUGCUAUGUGUGCCACGUUUGAAAAAAAAAUUGUUCCGGGGAUUAAAACUUUGAAAUGAUUUGGUUGUUGGUUAUAGAGUUUGUUUUUGUUAUCUCAGUUUGUAGAUUUUUAAUCUUUUUUUUUUUCUUCAUACUAUUUUAAAACAUUUGCCUUUGUUUUUUUUUAAUUACUUUUUUUCUAAAUUUAAUUCCAGCGUACUAUAAAAAAAACAAAAAAAUAAUUAAGGGUGAUGAAAGUUUUAAAUAAAUUUUUUAAAAACAAUUUUUAUUAAGAUGGUCAUGUGGUAAUGUUAAAUUAUUGUAUGUUCAACUAGCAUUAAGAUCUGGUUGAGGAAGCUAUAGUUAUAGACACAGGUCAGUUCUGUUCAUUUUUUCUAAUGAAAUCAAUGCAACUGUGUUUAAUUUUUUUUAUCUUUUUGUAAAUUCUUGUCUACCAAAAACAGUCUUAUUUAAAAAUGAAAAAAAUCAAGUUGAGCUGAAAAAUCAUCAGCAAAUUUUUUAAAUUAAAAAAAAAAUGUUCUAGAAUGUAAACCUUGAAGAAAACUGGCUUAACAAAAUACACUAGCCCGCUGUUUCCAAUGAAUAUUUCUGCUCCCUUUUGUAAAAAAAAUAACUAUGAAACUUAUUAAGACAAAUGUGUUAAUAUGAUCUGUAUACUUGAUACUGCUUAAUACAGGGUACAUUUGUAAUGCCAAACUUUACGAAUGUAAAGUUUGCAACAUCCAGUGAGAUUGUGUUAAUGCUUCAUGGUAAAAACAGACCUGUCACUCUUGAUGCUAUUCCUUCUACUAUUUUGAUUCUAAUAAUAUUAAAAUUUUGAAGAGCAGCUAUUUUGUCUCAAUAUUAGUUGUUUUGUUUUUAAAUUUCAUUUUUCAGCAUUGUUACCUUAUUUCUUAAAAAAAUUUUUGGAAUUAAUUUUGCAAUAACAAAAUAAAUGAAUAGGCAAGUUAAAUUUGUCUAAAUAGUGACAUGUUUUGCCAUAUUUAAAUAAAUAAAUGUAAAGCAACAUUGGAUGAACUAAAAUUUUAUGAAUUGUAUGAGAAACUUCACGUGCCCUACAUCCUUGAGCAUUCUUGUUCAAAAGGAAAGCUAAAUUAUGCAAUAUUUUUUAUAACACACCUGUAAUGAUUUGUUGUUCUUUUUACGUUCAGUGUGUAUGCAAGUGUAUACUACUAACCAAAUGUUAUAAUUAACAACUCAUCAUAUUUUUUUUCUAUGUUCACCUUUGUCUUGUAUAAACCCUUCACAGAUUUUUUUUUUUUUAAAUAGCAAAUUACAUUUUUCGGAAUUGUGCAUUUUUAAAUUUAAAAAACUAGCGCCCAACUUUUAUCUUACUUAACUUUUUUAUUAGGAAAUCAACCACAUUUAUGUUUCUGUGGAAACAAAUUAGAACAAAAUGAUAAAAGUGAUAAAAUGGGGAUCCCUUGUCUCAGCAUGAAAAUGUACUGUUACUCAAACAUUUUAGUAAGAUUGCGUUUUUUCAUAUUUUAUAUACCUCCUGGCAGUGAGAUAUAAUAUUUAUUAUGAAAAUUUUUACUAAAUUUAAGACCAACUUUUUAAUGAACAAUAUUAUCUAAUGUUCUCUGCAAAUAAACCUGUAAAUAAAAAAAAAUUCUUUAUUACUAGUAUUAUUCUUGUUAUUAUAUUAACUCAUUUAUAUCAAUUGGUUAUGUGCAUUAAUUUUCAUACAUUUACUCUUUGCUUCAUUAUAUUUUUAUUCAUUUUACAUAUAAGCAAGUAAACAAUGCACUUGAGGCAUAUACUGUUGUUUGCAUGCUAAUUAUGGAUGUAUUUGUGUUCAAUUUCCAUAGUGAUAGAAAUCAAUAUUUUCUGUGUUGAGAAAAAAAUUUGUAUUGAGCCAGCUGUGUGAAGUCUUGGUACUUAAACCCACUUUAAAAUGGGCCUUGUGAAAUACUAGAAAAUGGCAACCUUUUGCAUAAAAGGAUGUAAUUUUUAAACAAAUUUAACUAGGUGUACCAAUCUUAUGCCACGUUUACACUUGCGACAUGUAUACUAAACAUGUCAAGUAAAAAACUUGCAACAAGUAAGUAUACAUGUUCCGUGAGAAAAUUAUUCAUCUAACAUUAACUUGCAAGUUUUUAUUCCAGUUGUAGACAUGUAUUGUAUACAUGUCACAAAUGUAUGCACUGUGUUAGUCAAUGAUUGUAUUGUAGUAGUAAAAGGGGGGUCUACUACAGUCAAAUAAUUGUCUUUUUGUCAGCUGGUUUAAAAUUAUUUUUUUUUUGUUUAAAUCAUUUUGAUAACUUAACUUAAAUAAUAUUUCUUUGCAUUAUUAUUUUGUUGAUUCUGUUAUCGUUUUUCCCUAAUUACUUUUGUUCAUCAUGUGUUGACUUUGUACCAGGCUAAAUUUUAACUUUUGCUUGUCUUAAUCUAAUAAAUGGGGAAUAUUAAAUCAAAAUAAUAUAUUUUUAAAAAAACUAGCAUUAAAUACAGCUUUAGACCUAGAACAAAUUUUAUGUGAUGUGUUAUUUUGCUUUAAUUAAAGGGGGAAAGCAUUUAAAACUAAUUAAUGUAAACUGAAUAAAUAUUUUACUAUUCACCUGAUUCUUCUGCAGUUAGCAGAUUGUGAUAUUCUGUUAUGUAGGUAGGAGGAAGUGGUCUUUUAGAACACAGCAGUUGGUUUUUUUUAAACUUUGGUGUAGGGUUUCUUUCAUUCUCUGUAAUUUUAGUUUUGUUUUGCUUUACAAAACUUGAAGCUUUUAGUUUCUAGUUUUUAGUCUCGUGGCAAUUGGAAAAUAGACAAAUAACAUUUUUUUGUGUCUUUCUUCUUUUUUUAAAAAUAUACAACACAUUUGUUCCUAGUAUUAAAGCCUUGCUCUAGGUUGUCAGUUGAAAUAAGUAAAUAACAGUGUUGUUUUUUGUAUGCAGUGUUUCUUUAGAAACUAUUACCUGAGCAAAGUGGAGAUUGUGUGGAUUAUAACAUACAAUUAUUCAUCCACUUAAUUUGUGACUAAAUGCAGUUUUUUUUAAUAACUCUAUAAGUGAUUGUAAAUUAUAUACAACCUAACAUUUUUACCUUACAUUAAUUGAUUUUCUGUAACAUUUCUUAAUUAUUAUUUUUUAUUACUGCUCUUUUCUGCCCUAAAUUGUCAAGUUACUUUGUCAAAACCUUAAUAUUUAAAGGAACAAAUUUUAAUACUUUUUCAAAGUAAAAACAACACACUUGUAAUUUACCAAAAAUAUCUUGUUUUCAAAAUGAUCAACAGUCACCAAAGCUACUGGGUACAUUCAUUAAAUGCUGGGAAAGCAUUUUAAAUUUAAAUUAUAUUUGUGUUUCUUCUUAUUUGUGAAACCCUGUGACGAUUUUGAGUUGUUUUACACCCCAGGUCAUUUUGAGUUUAAUUUAUCUUAAAGCACUGUAUAUGUUCCUUUUACUAAUGUCAACAAAUUAAAUUAGUUAAUUGUCUGAUAUAUGAUUUCCAUUUUUAAACUGAAUUUUCUAGUUUCAGCAGAUAUUUUAAUUAUUUUUGAAGUUAAAAAAAAGUAUUCCUUCACAAAGAAAUGCAUACAUCAAUAAAUAGAAACUAAUUAAAAAUCCGCAAAUCAAUUUCCACACAUUAUGGACCUCAUAGCCAGCGGUUUAAAACAACUCAAACUAUGUUGCAAGGUAGAGCUUGUGACAUGUACCUAUGUUUAAGACCUUCCUAGUGCAAAAGAAAUUCAGUUUCUACAACAAUAACGUAAAUUUUACUAAACAUUUCAACCAUUGUUCCUAGACCUGUUUUACAACAUCUAUCAUUCUAUGGUGGUGGUUUUAUUCAACUACUUGCUAACCGUAGUUAAUUGUUAGCAUUUAAUCAUAUUGUCAUGAAAUUUACUGUGAUGAUGAGGUAGUAUUUAUGUUCAAAAUCAGCUUAUGAAAUGGUUGAGACAGUAAGCUUUGGAAAGUUAUCCAUUUAAGGUCUAGCCAUCUUUAAUCACUAUUAUCUGCUACUAGUUUAAAUGCACAUAGGCCUACAUGAAAAUUACCUAAUUAGGUGUGGUAAUUUUGAUAUUUUAAAAAACUUAACUGGCAUAGUUUUUUUUUCCUCUCCUGGAUAACUUGAAUUAGCCACUACUAAAAUGGUCUGUAGGUUUAGCAAGUUGUCUUUGUCUAAGGUUAUGUUGCCAGAUAGGCUGUUGUGUUAGUUUCAGGCCAGUUCUCAUGUUGUACUUAAAUUAUGUUUACAUUUACACUUUUCUGUUGUUGUCUUUGUCAAUACAUGUUUUUAAAAUUACAUUUUUUAUUUGGUUCUGUUGUUUUCUCAUGCACUGUCAAGAAAAAAAAAUAAAGAUUGCAAUUUAUGUUGAAUUC